AUGAAUCUCCCCGAGGACAUCAUCUUGGACAUACUAUCAAGGCUUCCGGUGAAGUCUCUUUUAAGAUUUAGGAGCGUAUGCAAACCAUGGUGUGCUCUAAUUACCGAUCCAUAUUUUGUCCAAAUGCACCUCAGCAGAUCCCUUGCAAUCAAUACCAACCUCAUCCUCAUUUUAAGGAAAUACCCAAAAUUCUUCUAUGUGGACUUGGAUGUUUGCCAACAAGAAGCUGCGGUAGAACUUGAUUGUCCGUUCAAGUCUCCAAAAGGAUACCUUAUAUUCGCUUCUUCUAACGGCUUAGUAUGUAUGUUCGACGACGACGGUGUAGUCUGUGAUUCCCAAAAAUACAAAGUGUACCACACAUUCCUUUGGAAUCCAUCUACAGAAACCCAUAAGAAGCUGCCCUUUACGCCUAUAGAGGUUCCCGUCAAUGCCCGCUUUGCUUAUGUCGCUGGUUAUGGGUUCGGUUACGACCCUACCACCGACGAUUACAAGGUGAUAAGGGUUAUAAGGUUCUACAAUGCUGGUGAUAACGGUUACUACUUAAUCCCGGAGGUAAAGGUAUACUCUCUCAGCACCAACUCAUGGAGAAGAAUCGAGGACAUUCCCUUCCUUGACACCCAACACAGACUUGGGGUUUUUGUAAAUUCUGCUUUUCAUUGGAUUGCAGUGUGCAAGACGGGACAAAUGGGACUCGGGAUUGUUUCUAUUGAUGUUAAAGAUGAUGUGUGUCGAGAGGUGCCACUGCCCGAUUCUGUGGAUGAUAAAUUUUACAUGGUCAUCGGGGUUCUAGGAGGAAAACUCAGCAUGCUCUGUAACUUCACCAGGGUCUGUGUUGAGCUAUGGUUGAUGAAAGAUUAUGGGGUGAAGGACUCUUGGGAGAAACAGUUCUCGAUCGAACAACAAUCGGUGUUAGGGUAUUUUGACUAG